AUGAACCAGGAGCCGCUGCCUGCUGUUGAGGGAAGGAAGGCCGAACCAGAGAGGCUCCAAUUGACUUUACCCAUCCGCAAUCACUCCUCCUCUUCCUCUAACUCUUUCUCCUGCGGGGGAUCUGCUUCUCGGACCAUGGCGCUGCGCUCUGAACACUCCUCUGUCUACGUGGCGUUGUAUUUUUUUAUUAUAGCGUUAUCUACCCUCACAGUAGGAGCGUCUGGAGGCAGCGGAUCUAAAGUCUUGUCACUUUUGCAACCGUAUGACUUUCUGUAUUACAGCGGGGUGCGCGCUUAUUAUGGAGGGGAGUGGGCAAAAGCUGCAGAGCUGCUGGAGAAAUCCCUCCAGACCAAGGAGGCACUGCUGAGAACCCGCAGGCAGUGUCAUGAUGACUGUGUGGCAUCUGGGACCGACGCUCUCAACAAACUGGACUCAGAGGAGGGGAGCAUGUGGGACCUCUGGACCCUGGACUGGAUUCAGCAGAGAGCUGAGUGUCUGAGGUUCUGUAUUGGACGCUCCGUCACACCUACAGGCCAGCUGCCUGUUUCAAAUGACAUAGAAUAUGAAUUCGACACUCGCAACCCCUACAACUUUCUGCAAGUCACUUACUACAAGUUGGAGAAGUUGAAAAAGGCGGCAUCCGCAGCUCAUACAUAUUUUGUGGCCAACCCGAGUCACCUGGAGAUGAGGAACAACAUAGAGAAGUACAGACGGAUGAAGGGACUGACGGAGGAUGAUUUCCAGGAUAGGGAGAUUGAGAAACAUUGGAUCCUGUAUGAUGCAGCCGUGCAGCACGAGGCCUCUUCUGACUGGCUGCAGGCUACGGAGAAAUGGAAAGCUUGUGUGAACGAAACUCUGUGGCAGACAGACGAGUGCAGGGUGCAGUGCGAGGUUGCCCCACGGCUGCUGCCCGAGGACAGGGGAGUGGACGGAGUUGACGGCGUGUUCGAAAAGGCUGCAGCUCUGUCUCUGUCCCUGCUCUCAUGCCGGCAGUCCUGUGUGACUCAGGUCGCCACACGACCUGGACGGAUUUCUGCUCAGGAGGACUUCUUGCAGACACAGCUUGAGCAUCUGCACAUUGCACAGUUUAAAUCUGGUGAUGUGAGUGGAGCACUGCAGACACUUCGCUCUUUUCUGUUGUUUUACCCCUCUGACAAAGACUCCUUAGACAACCUGCAGCUCUACUAUGAGACACUAGGGGGGGAUGCGGAGUCACAUGGCAUGCAGCCUGCUCAGGAAAUCGUCAAAUAUAUUAAUCAGUCGUUGCAGGAGAAGAAGCUGUUGUAUUUUGGUGUGGAGAACCUUAACUUUAAUUUUACCGACCCGGAUCUUUGGACACCAGAGGAUGUUGUACCUGCAUCUGUCAGAGAAAACUGGAGAGUUGAAAAACAGAAAAUAAAUGAGAAAAUAAAUGAAGGGGAUCAGCUUGAAGAAGUAGAUGACAGCGGGUUUUAUGCAGGGGGCCCAGUCCCCCAGGUGGGUGUGACUAUAACCAUGGAUGAUGAGGCUCUGAACGGGACCAAUCGAGUUGUCCUUGACGGGCUCAUGACGGAGAAGGAGUGUGAUAAAAUACUGCAGUUAGCAACUGUUGCUGCGUCUCUUGGAGAUGGUUACAGAGGACGCCGGUCUCCACACACACCUCAUGAGACGUUUGAGGGUCUUACUGUCCUCAGGGCUGUAAAGCUGUCUCAGGAAGGACUGGUGAACCAGUCAGAUACCAGGUUGUUACAUGAGCUGGGGGAGAGAGUGAGAACGCUGCUGCACUCCUACUUCAGGAGCCCCUCAGGGCUUUUCAUCUCCUUCACACACCUGGUGUGUCGCAGCGCCACUACAGAUGACCAGGAGGGCAGGAUGGAUCUGUCUCACCCUGUCCAUGUUGAUAACUGUCUUCUUGAGCCUGAAACCAAACAGUGUUGGAGGGAACCACCCGCGUUCAUACACAGAGACCUCAGUGCCAUUCUCUACCUGAACGAUAACUUUGAUGGAGGAGAGUUGUUCUUCACUAAAAGAGAUGCCAAAACAGUAACAGCCCGAGUUAAGCCCAGCUGUGGUCGACUGGUGGGCUUUUCGUCCGGACCAGUGAACCCUCAUGGUGUUACUGCUGUGACGAGGGGCCGACGCUGCGCUCUGGCACUGUGGUUCACAAAGGAGGAGCUCUACAGGGACAUGGAGCGAGAGGACGCAGAGACCUUGUGGGCUGCUGAUGGACAGGGCGUUUUGAAAAACAACAAGGAAGAGGAGGAGAAGGAAGGCAGCGCCAUCGCUGGCCGGAACGCUCGGAGCCACGCUACUAAAGAAAGGAGCAGAGGGAGAAACAUAGUGAUGGAGAGCAAGGAUGAGCUGUGACAAUCAGAAAAGGCGCUUAAGACUGAAACUGGAAUUUGUUUGCAUGCCUACCAUCCCAUACAGUUUCCAUCCAAGCAUCCCACUCCAGUUGUGCAUAAUUUUCAGUUUUAUGUUGUUUUUAAUGUGUGCUUUAUUUAUACUGUAAGUGAGGGGAAACAGUUUUCUCUCAUCUCUGUGAUGUCAGUUUGUAGUUUUGUUCCAGAUGCUUUUCUGACCAAUCACUGGCUUUGACAAAUGAAAAGAAUAUUAUGUGCAUUAAAUGUGACUCUUUACCAGUGAAGCAUGAGUGGCACAUGCCAAAUGCACGCAAGUGCUGCCUCAGAAAGAGGAUUAGUGACAGAGAGUGAGGUUAAAAAGGGGUGGUAAAGUAAGGCCAGGCUGCAAGAUUUGCUAAGCGAUUUGCCUCUUAGGCUCUGUGACGGGCUGCAGGUUUUGUUCUGCUCUGAAUUUGAGGAAUAGCUAUACAGCCACUGACUUAGUCUCAGAUACUAACAGAGGAAGAGGAGCAAACUGUUAGAGAGAGAGGUGAGCAAGGGUAAAAAAAAAAAGGAUAGAAAUAGAGAGAUUACUGCUAAUCCCUCAUAAAUGAGUGCAUUUGUUUAUGAAGCUUAAAAAAUCUCCCAUUUAGAAUAUGGAAUAUUAAUCCAAGGAGAGAGCACUUAAUCAUACACAUCCAGUGGUGUGACAGCCAGCCCACCCAAUGCCAUCUUAUCCUACCCAUUACAACCAGUGUUUCUUUGCAGCAGCUUCCCAUUUUCUGCUUUCGUAUGGUGCAUUAAAAGCAGGCACUGUUUACGGCCCAUAUUAACACUCUCACUCCCCCUGGGCUGUAAUCCGUCACAGAUUUAGGUCAACUUAAUGUAGUUUUAACCUCUUCUAUUCCUCGCCAUAUAAUGCAGCCCCCAAAAAGUCUGUGUUAAUAUCCUCUGAAGCAGGUGCCAUCAAGCACCACUACCGCUUGGUGUGAUGAUUACAACCAUGCCUGAAAAGCAUGAAAUUCACAGCCGUAUCCAGACGUCUUUCCAUUGUUUGGACUGUUAGCAGAAAUUACAUAAAGUCUGGCUGCCAAGUUAUAUAAACUGAAAUCACAGCUUCCUGUUGUCAUUAAAGCAGAGUGAUGAGAGUAGUGAGCUGACAGGAUCACUCCCUUCCUCAACAUCACGAGUUCCUAUUGGUUGUCUGUAGAUGAACUGGUUCACCUGGAUGAUGCAUUUAUUUGUAGAGUUAGAUUUAUCAUAAACAUGAGGUUUGGUCAGGAGUUUGGUCAUGCAGUCUUUUAAAAGUCUCUCUGGUCAGGAUAAAAAUUUUAUUACAAAAAAAAGUUUAUUUAUUAUAAUUACAGGGUUCCUACGCAGCAUUGAAAAGUAAGAAAUUUGAUUUCAGCAUUUUCCCAUUAUGAAUAAAUAUGGAAAAAACAAAACAGAAUAGAAAAUAUUAAUUUUUUCAGACUUUUGUUUCUAUAACCUGUCCAUCUUUCCCUCCAUCCAUGGAUGGAUGAUGGAUGGAAAAAUCUACAGUAAAUACAAAACUAACACAAGAAGACCAAAACAAAAAGCAACAGGACAUGACAGGCUGAAAAAAAUUAAAACUUGAGUCUGGAAAAGUUGAAAAAUGUGUAUUUGUGUGAAAAAAGAUAAUGCCAUUAACUUAAGUGUUUUUUCCAAUGCAUUAAUUACUUUGCUUUUUGAGUUACUGACAGAAUCCAGAGAUAAAUACAGAUUCAUUUAAAAAAAAAAAAACUGUUAUUUCUUCCAGUUUUGGAGGGAAAAUGCAGCACUGAAACUCCAAUCUUUUGGAGUUUUUAUAAACAAAAAGGCUUAAAGCUAAAUUGUUUACAUAUAAAAAAAACUGUUAAAUAAUAUGUAUUUUAAUUUAGGUUUUCUAGGUAUUUUAUUAUUGGAAACAAAACUUAAUUAAGUCUAAAUGCCAAAAAGCAACAAAUACACCCAGAAGUGACUGCCAAAUUAGCUUUGUGUGAUUUAGAAAUCUGACUCUGGAAAAGUAUUGAAUUUUGUAAACGAAGAUUUGUAUUAACACUUUUAUUCGCAGGUUGGUUCGACAUGCACUAAAGAUGUCAGAGGUACUAAAUGAGCUAUUAAACAUCAUUGCUUUUCUGUU